CGAUCUGCUCUUUCCUUCCUUCUUCCUUGCCCUUUCAGCGCGCGGCCUCUAGAAGAGGAGUUUCUUUGUUCCCUUUACUUUGCUGACACAGUUCGACUCGCCCCUGUUCACCACACUCGCUCGUAUCCAUCAUGAUUCUCUCGACUGUCUCAGCCCUCCUCUUCCUCGGCCUCUCCCGCGCCGCCCCCCUCAACCCGCGUCUGGUGACGCUCGACCCGGCUGCCACCGCCGAGGCGCAAGUGCGGGACGACACCGCCACGCGCGCGUUCUCGAACACCGCGAUCAAGACCUCCGACGGACAGUGCUUGUUCGUCGUGAGCGGCUCGGGUGACUUCCGCAACAACCUCACUCCCGUCCAAGUCGGCGCUUGCGAUGGCUCCGCCGGCCAGCAAUGGGACGUGAUCACCGCCGGUGCCCACAACGACCAGCCCGGCCAGGCCCUCAUCGUCAGCUCUUUGACGCAAGCCUGCCUCAACUUCGAUCCUCGCCGCGCGGCGGGCAACCAGGUCCUCCUCUUCUCGUGCGGUGGCCGCGCCGACGGUGGCGGAGCCGUCACCAACUCGCAGCUGUUCGCGUUCAGCGGCGGCUCGGGCCCGCUCCCGCUCGUGCCCCAGAACGGGAACAACCAGACGCUGUUGACCGUCACCAACGGUCUGCUCGACCAGGCCUCCGGCUCGCCCGACAGCGCGAGCGGCAACGAGCUCUUCACCUUCGGUGGUGACGCGGCUGCUGCUGCCUCGACGGACGCCGCGACCUCCUCCUCCUCCGCCGCGGCCGCCGCGACCUCCUCCUCCGCCGACGCCGCGACCGUCACCCCCGCGCCGUCCACCACGGCCGCGACCGCGACCGCGACGGACGUCACCUCGGUCUCCCGCGCCGGCGUCGUGCUCAACCCGUCCGCGGCGGCCGAGGCCAACCCGCGCGACGACACGGCGACGCGCGCGCUGUCGGGCGUGAGCAUCAAGACGGGCGACGGCGACUGCCUCUUCGUCGACCCGACCGCGGGCGACUUCCGCGAGAACCUGAUCCCGGUCCAGGCCAAGGCGUGCGACGGCAGCGACAACGAGAAGUGGGACGUGAUCACCGCCGGCGUGCAUAACGACCAGCCCGGGUUCGCGCUCCUCGUCAGCACCCUCACCCAGGGCUGCAUGAACUUCGACCCGCGCCGCGCCGCCGGCGACCAGGUCAUCCUCUUCUCCUGCGGUGGCCGCGCGGACGGCGGAGGAGCCGUCACCGACUCGCAGCUGUUCGCGUUCAACGGCCAGACGCAAAACGUCGCGCUCGCGCCCCAGAACGGCAACAACCAGACGAUCCUGGCCGUCAACAACGGCGUGCUCGACGCCGCGGCGGCCAGCCCCGAUGCCGCGACCGGUAACCAGCUCUUCACCUUCGCGUAAAAGGCAAAACAAAAAGUGGGUGCUGAGAGGGACACGUUUUUACGGCCCUCCGAACACGAAAAGGAAGAUACCCGAUAGGAAGGGAGAUACCAUGUCGGAGAAACCCCCAUGAGUCUAGAUGGAGCCGGCGAUAACGAAACUUUUGAUCGUGGCCAGAUCGUUCGUCGGUCGCUGGUUCAAGCUCGACGGCUCAGGUGCAGAACGCGAACGCGAAGGCUCUCGAUUCCUGACGGAGAUUCGUGCUGGGAUCACGACAUGGGCCGCCAUGGCCUACAUCAUCGCGGUCAACGCCUCGAUCCUGUCCGACUCGGGCGGAACGUGCGUCUGCACCCAGAGCGACAUGUGCGUCAACGACGACGUCUACCUGACCUGCGUCGAAGAGGUACGGCAGGAUCUGAUCACGACGACCGCGGCCGUGUCGGCGCUCGCGUCGUGCUUGAUGGGCUUGUUGGCCAAUUUGCCCAUCGGACUCGCGCCCGGUCUAGGAUUGAACGCAUACUUCACGUACAGCAUCGUGGGCUUCCAUGGAUCGGGCCAGAUAACGUAUCAGGAAGCGCUCGCAGCCGUUUUCCUGGAAGGCUGGGUGUUCGUGAUACUCUCCCUCCUGGGCCUACGGCAAUGGCUGGCGCGGAUCAUGCCGCAGUCAUUAGUAUUGGCCGUUGGCGCUGGCAUUGGCUUAUUCAUCGCCUUUAUCGGCCUGUCAAACGGCGGUCUUUUCGUGAUCGGCGGCGACCAGACGAACUUUGUCGGCCUCGGCGGUUGCAAGGCUGAAGAUUAUGUCGAGAACCUAUCGGGCUACUGCGCGCGCGGCGUUCUCCGGCUUCCGACGAUGUGGCUCGGCAUCUUCUGCGGCGGGAUCCUGACCCUGCUCCUCAUGCUCUACCGCGUCAAGGGCGCGAUCCUCAUCGGCAUCUUCCUCGUCUCCAUCAUCUCCUGGCCCCGGCCGACGUCCGUCACCGCCUUCCCGCACACGCCCACCGGCGACGCCGCCUUCGACUAUUUCAAGAAGGUCGUCACCUUCCGCCCGCUACAGCGCGUCGGCGACGUGCUCGACUACCACUACGGCAACGGCCGGGUGUGGUACGCGCUCGUCACGUUCCUCUACGUCGACAUCCUCGACACGACGGGCACGCUCUACUCGAUGGCCAAGUUUGCGGGCUUGCGCGACCCGGUCACGCUCGAUUUCGAGAGGAGCACGGUCGCGUACUGCGUCGACGCGUUUUCGAUCAGCAUGGGCGCGCUGAUGGGCACCAGCCCCGUGACGGCCUUCAUCGAGAGCGCCACCGGUAUCUCCGAGGGUGGACGGACGGGCAUCACCGCGAUCACGACGGGGCUCAUGUUCUUCGUCAGCGUGUUCUUCGCGCCCAUCUUCGCGUCGAUACCCCCUUGGGCGACCGGGAGCGCGCUCGUCAUCGUCGGCUGCCUGAUGAUCCGCAAUGUCAAGGAGAUCAACUGGGACUACGUCGGCGACGCGAUACCCGCGUUCUUGACCAUCAUCAUCAUCCCUCUAUCGUACAACAUCGCGUACGGUAUCAUCGCCGGCCUGGGGUCCUACAUCGCCAUCAACGGCACCGCCUGGAUCCUCAUGAAGAUCUCAGGCGGACGCAUCGUCCCCGCGCACUACGAGUACUCGGAGGAGUGGGUCGUACCCCCGGGCGGCCUCGUGCCCAUCUGGUUCCAAAAGCUCACGGGGAGAUAUCAAGACCCACACAUGGACCCGCCGCAGGAGUUGCAGAGCCGGCAAGAGCACUCGAUCGACAUGGCCGAGUCGGCGCACGGGGACGCGCUCCGGCAGAAGUUUGAGGACGAGGUUUCGGUGCGGUCAUCCGGACAACAUCAUUGAAACGAUAUUUGGGGCCGACGUCGUUUGAACUCGCUUUCCCUCCCCCCCCCUCUGCUGUGCUUUGCUUCCCUCCCACUCUCUCUCCCCCUCGCAUUCCGUGCGCCACGAUCCCCCGUGUCUUUCCCUCCCACCUACCUCUCCCCUCCC